CCCCCACGCUCAGUUCCAUGGCUCCUUCCUCUUCCACUCCACCCCACCCCACCCCAUCCCCAUGGGAGAGGAACAGAGCAGCUGACCCACCUUCUUCUUCUUGACUGAGCCGAUCCAGCUCGCCUUCCUCCCUUCCAAACAAUCGGACAGAUCCACUCUUCAUCCUCCUCCGCCGGACCUCCGGUCGAUCCGUCCCGCGGGUGAGGAUUAGGAACCCUCCAUCUGUUUCUUGGAGUUGAUUUUUUGUGAGGAUUAGGAACCCUCCAUCUGUUUCUUGGAGUUGAUUUUUUGUGAGGAUUAGGAACCCUCCAUCUGUUUCUUGGAGUUGAUUUUUUGUGAGGAUUAGGAACCCUCCAUCUGUUUCUUGGAGUUGAUUUUUUGUGAGGAUUAGGAACCCUCCAUCUGUUUCUUGGAGUUGAUUUUUUGUGAGGAUUAGGAACCCUCCAUCUGUUUCUUGGAGUUGAUUUUUUGUGAGGAUUAGGAACCCUCCAUCUGUUUCUUGGAGUUGAUUUUUUGUGAGGAUUAGGAACCCUCCAUCUGUUUCUUGGAGUUGAUUUUUUGUGAGGAUUAGGAACCCUCCAUCUGUUUCUUGGAGUUGAUUUUUUGUGAGGGUUUCUCUAAUUUUCUCCGGUCGAUCCGUCCCGCGGCCUCGUUUCCAUCUUGUUGGGGCUUGGAAGCGGGGCAAGCAGGCGGAGGGGGCGAAGCGAGACAGGAACCAGGCUGGAGGUGGAGUGAGAAGGGGAAGCAGAUAAAAGAAAGUUUGAUCCGGUGAAGCUGAGGAAACUUGGGCCCGUGUUUAAGAAGAUUGGCUCCGUAACUGCUGUCAAUUCCUCCAGUAUAAGGCCACACAAUGACCUUAAUAGAUUUCAUAGAGCUGAGCGAUGAUAACAUUAUUGACUUGAGCAGCGAUGAGGAGACUGUUCAUGAGGAUCAGAUUGCAACUCAACACCGGGCGAUGUUGCUUGAUAAGCAGGGUGUGUUUUUCCUUGCUGGUGAAGGAAGCCAAGGGGUGCAGGCCGUGUUUGUUGCAGCUGGUGAAGGAAGUCAAGAUGAGCAGGCUGUGUUUGUUGCAGCCAAUGAAGGAAGUCAAGACAGGCAGGCUGUGUUUGUUGCAGCUAGUGAAGGAAGGCAAGAGGCUUCUGAGCCCGGACAUGCUUUGGAAGCUACCGCAUCGUCCAUGAUUAUGGAGGAAGCACCUCUUGUUGCAGCUAGUCAAGGAAGUCAAGAUGUGCAGGUUGUCUCUGUUGCAGCUAGCGAAGGAAGGCAAGAGACUGCUAAGUCCGUACAUGCUUUGGAAGCUACCGCAGUGUCCUUGGUUACGGAAAAACCACCUGUUGAUACGGUUGUGCUCGCUCUCCCACAUGCUGGAUCACCGAAUUGUCUUGGCUCUCCAACAUCAGGGCCAUUCGCUAGUAAAUUCCUCUCGUUCCCCUUUUGUCAUUACAGCCUGACUUCCACCGCUCCGAAGGCUCUGACGUCUGAAGGUGGCGACACAAAGCUGGUGAGAGCGAAGGUGAAACGUCCUAGGAAGAACCACCAUACCGGCACUCCUAAAGCUGUGACUUCUGAAGGUGGCGACGCAAAGCUCGUGAGACUGAAGACGAAACAUCCUAAGAAGAAGAACCAUACAGAAAAACCACCUCUUGGUAUGGCUGUCCUCGCUCUCCCACAUGCCGAGUCGCCGAAUUGUCCUCACACAUCAGCGCCAUUCCCCAUGAUCUGCUGCAGGCCUAACUUGCACUAGCCCGAAGGCUCUGUCCUCAGAAGGUGGCGACGCAAAUCUGAUGAGUGGGAAGGUGAAACAUCGUAGGAAGAACUACCGACCCUGCAAACUAACUCCUUAGACUGAAUCUUUCUAGCUACUGUUGCUGUAGUUCAUCUCAUAGGUAACCACUCUUAUUGUAUCCGUACUGGGAUCGGAGCUCGUGUUGCCCCCAUCUCUCUGCAUUCCUCUAGAAUGUCAGUUGUGGGUGAUUUUUGGGCUGGUUUUGUCAAGCACAUCAUUAGGUGGUAUUUUGGUGAACCUGGAAAUGGCGCGCAGCUGCUGUUAUCUGGGAGCUUAGGAAACUACUUAGAAUUUAGACUUUUUUGCCAUCCUGUCUCCAGGCUGAGAUGUAACCAAACCAACAAUAGAUUGCAAUUUGUGAGAGCAAUUGCAUUUUGAUUUUUUGUGAAAAAAGUGUGUUUUGGCUUUGGCAGAUGAAGGCUGAAGCUAUAUAUAUAGUUUAGUUCUGUUCAUAGAUGAAUGUACUAGUGUGAGUGUAACUUGCACGCCUGGUAAUGUUAUGCAUGACAUAAGUGCUAUUUGCUGUGGUUAAGAAUACAAGCUUUUGGAGCAUUA